CAGGCCACAUUUGGGAGAAUUCCCAUGCGAGGGACAAUGUGCGCCAUAUGACCUUUGGUUUUGACGAUUCAGAAGAAGAGAAGGAGAAGGAAUUGUCAAUCCAGGUGGAGGAACGAGUGCCUUCCCUUGAUGAGAGGCUCACAAUCCAACACCAGCAGAUUAUCAAACACUUGGAGCGUCAAGAGCAGAUGUUGAACAAGCUCUUGACACGCCGCGCCGUGAAUCCUUCGGAGAUGUCUUCUGUGAACAGUCUCAGGAGCUUGCACAGUAUCGAAGAGCGUGGGCCUCGCGCCCGUCGGAACUCCUUGAAAGUGCAACAGAUCUUAAGUGGCUCCGGUGGUCUCAGCUCCUCAGGCGAUGCCAGCCUGGCUUUACCGACAGCACAAGGUUCAUCGCCUAGCCUCUUCCAGAGUUUCACGGCCUUUGACCUGAACUUGAAAGAGGAGGCUCAUGUGGCCAAUCUCAACAACCAACGACGCCGGAAGUUCGCCUCCGUUCGCAUGGCGGACAACGCGUUGAAGAGGUCCAUCAUCUCUAGCCGGCAGGCACUCCAACAGGUGGAGAAGUGGGUUUACCACCCAGCCUUUGAUGAUAUUUUCUUCGCCCUGGUGGUCUUUACCAAUGCCAUUUUCAUCGGCCUGGAGGUCGAAUCGAAUAUGUCAGGACAGUGGAUCCCGAACGAAGUCGUGCAGACAGUGAAUUAUGUCUACACUAGUCUUUUUACCUUCGAGCUAUUGGUCCGAUGCAUGAUUGCUGGCCGCAGCUUCUUCUGGUGCGACGAUUGGCUUUGGAAUUGGUUGGACAUUGUCAUCGUGAUGACGUCCCUUUUUGAAGUUUCCAUCGACAUUGUCACCGCCAGCACAGCUGCAGCAGACCCGAUCACUUUCAGUAGCUUGAAGGUGUUCCGCGUGAUUCGCCUCACGCGCGUGAUCAAGACGGUGCGCUUGGUGCGGAUCUUCCGCUUCGUCAUUGCCCUCCGGACCCUGGUGACCUCGAUCGUCCACACCCUGAAGGCGCUCUUUUGGGCAUUGACCUUGUUGGUGCUCAUUGUCUAUGUGUUUGCGGUCUUGUUCGCACAAGCUGUCCAUGAGCACCUUCAAGAGACCGGAGGAAGCAUGAACCCAAAGGCUGAGAAGUUUUUUGGCUCGUUGCCAAAGACGAUGCUGAGCCUCUUCAUGAGCAUUGCAGAUGGUGUGAGUUGGGUGGAUGUGCUUCAGCCUUUGCAAGACAUCGACACGAUCUGGGUCUUCUUUUUCCUCUUUUACGUCUCCUUCACCUAUUUUGCCGUUUUAAAUGUCGUGACAGGCGUGUUCUGCCAGUCAGCGAUCGAGAACGCGCAGAAGGACCAUGCGGCUGUGGUCCAGAAUAUUUUGGACAACAAGGAAUCUCAUUUGAAGAAGAUCCGAGCACUCUUUUUCAAGUUGGGCGCUGACGACACCGGAGUCGUUACUUUCGAUAUGCUCCAAGAGCAAUUUUCCACGCCAGCAGUGCGGGAAUAUUUUGAAAGCUUGGGGCUUGAUGUCUCAGAUGCCUGGUCCUUCUUCAAGCUACUGGAUGUCGAUGGAGGAGGGGCAGUGGAGAUCGAGGAAUUCCUCUUGGGUUGCUUGCGCUUGCGGGGGCAAGCCCGGGCCAUGGACAUUGCGAAAUUGAUGUUUGACCAGAACUGGCUCAUCAAGAGUCAAGGAAAGUUCCAGCACUUUGUGGAGGAACAGCUGAAUAAAUUGAGUGGCGAGGUGCGAAUCCUUGCUGCUAUGUUUGGGAGCAGUCGUCGCAUGUCUUCUUCGGUGAUCUCUGCCCAUUCGGACCCUGAGACGUGAGCGAGGAAGGAAGGAAAGCAACCACUGCAGACGACCUGACGAGGCCAACAAAAAGGCAUUGCAGCGAAAUGCUCCAAGUGGAAGUGCUCGAAGCAGAGACCAUCACGCCCCCCUACUGUUGAUGGAAGAAAUCGCCUGAGGCAGACGCUCGGACCGAGUCUCCUAGUGGUGCAGAAAUUGUUGCACCGCUGGAUUGGUGCUCCGUGGAACCGAUUGGUGCUAAUAUAUAUAGCCAGGGUUCUUGCUGAAAAGUAGCUUCAAGAACCAUGAACAUAGUGGGUUCUCUUGGGCUGA